UAAUAUAUUUAUUUUGCUCUUGGAAUUGUUUUUGUUUAUUCCUAGAUCUUUUUUCUCUUAUGGUGAUCCUUGAAUGUUUAUUUUAAGUGAGAGUUUCUAGAAAUCAAAUUGGAAGCUCUGUGUGCAUGGGUGGGCAGUUUAGUAGUAGACUUUACUGUAGUUUGCUAGCAGGCUUAACUUUUUCUUCGUGGAAAACUGUUACUAUAUUAUAGGUUCUCUGGUUACCAUGUCAUUUGGUUUCUUUCCCAGUACCAUAAAUGGGUUUUCUGAUUGCCUGCAUUGGGAGGGUGGGCUGGGGAUCCUAUUUUCACUUUGUUGAUUUUACUUAAUACUUGAUUUGUUUGUUACUUUGCCCUCCUCUUUGUAAGUUUGUAGCCUUUGGGAUCAGUCAUUGCAAAGUAUAAAUCUCUCCUGCCUGGGUCAGUGAAUGGUUCUGAUUGCUUUGUACAAUAGUUCCCCUGCUUAUUCACACAGGAGACAUACUAAGACCCCCAGGGAAUGUCUAAAACUGUGGGUAGUACCGAACCCUAUAUAUACUACGUUUUUUCCUGUAUAUACGUACCUUCGAUAAAGUUUAUAAAUUAAGUACAACAAUUAAUAAUAAAAUAGAACAAUUAUAUUACUGUAUACUGCAAUAAAAGUUUUGUAAAUGUUGUCUCUUGGAAUAUCUUAAUUAUAUUGUAUUCUUUGAUGAUGUAGAUGAUAACAUACACAUAUGAUAAUAUGAAGUGAGGUGAAUGGUGUGUGUAUUAUGACAUAGUGUUAGGCUACUAUUGACCUGAUGAUAUGUCAGGAGGAGGAUCAUCUGCUUCUGGGCCAUGGUUGACCACAGAUAACUGAAACCACAGAAAGUGAAAUUGUGGGUAGAAGAAUACAUGUUCACUUUUAGUGAACAAGAGCAUGUUCCCAAACUCAAUUUUGGGUCGCCCGCCUUUCACCCCAAACCAUCAACAACAUAAUAAUUUCUUCGCCCUGUCACCAACUCUUUAUUCACACCAGCAGCUUAUAGAUGCACAGUUCAACUUUCAGAAUACAGAUUUGUCAAGAGCGGUGUCAUUACAGCAGUUGACAUAUGGAAAUGUCAGUCCAAUACAGACCUCAACUUCUCCGUUAUUUCGAGGAAGGAAGAGAUUAAGCGAUGAAAAAAACCUUCCUCUUGACGGUAAACGGCAGCGUUUCCAUUCACCCCACCAAGAGCCAACUCUAGUUAACCACAUAGUGCCUUUAUCAGGUGAAAGAAGAUACUCAAUGCCGCCAUUGUUUCAUACACACUAUGUACCAGAUAUAGUCAGAUGUGUUCCACCUUUUCGAGAAAUACCAUUUUUAGAACCUAGAGAAAUCACACUGCCUGAGGCCAAAGAUAAGUUGAGUCAGCAGAUACUGGAGUUAUUUGAAGCAUGUCAGCAGCAAGUAAGUGAUUUAAAGAAGAAAGAACUGUGUCGAACACAGCUGCAGAGAGAAAUUCAGCUCUUAUUUCCACAAAGCAGACUUUUUUUGGUUGGGUCCUCUUUAAAUGGAUUUGGUACUCGGAGCAGUGACGGUGAUUUAUGCCUAGUUGUUAAAGAGGAACCAUGUUUUUUUCAGGUCAAUCAGAAGACUGAAGCACGGCAUAUACUCACCUUAGUCCAUAAACACUUCUGUACCAGACUUUCUGGCUACAUAGAGAGACCUCAGUUGAUUCGAGCAAAAGUGCCAAUUGUGAAGUUCAGGGAUAAAGUCAGUUGUGUGGAAUUCGACUUGAAUGUAAACAAUAUUGUUGGAAUAAGAAACACAUUCCUCCUCAGAACUUACGCAUACCUUGAAAAUCGAGUUCGUCCGUUAGUACUGGUGAUUAAGAAGUGGGCAAGUCACCAUGAGAUAAAUGAUGCCAGUCGUGGUACUUUAAGCAGCUAUAGUCUUGUAUUGAUGGUUUUGCACUAUUUACAAACCCUACCUGAACCCAUCCUUCCAUCCAUCCAAAAAAUUUACCCAGAAUCUUUUAGUCCUGCUAUACAGCUGCAUCUUGUACAUCAAGCUCCAUGUAAUGUUCCUCCUUACCUCUCGAAGAAUGAAUCAAAUCUUGGGGACCUCUUACUGGGCUUUCUUAAAUAUUAUGCUACAGAAUUUGACUGGAACAGUCAAAUGAUUUCAGUUCGUGAAGCCAAAGCCAUUCCCAGGCCUGAUGGUAUUGAAUGGAGAAAUAAAUACAUCUGUGUCGAAGAACCUUUUGAUGGAACAAAUACGGCCAGAGCUGUGCAUGAAAAGCAGAAAUUUGACAUGAUCAAGGAUCAAUUUUUAAAGUCAUGGCACAGAUUGAAAAACAAAAGAGAUUUGAACAGUAUACUACCUUUAAGAGCUGCUAUCCUGAAAAGAUAACUGGCUUCUAUAUCUUAAUAAAUUCUUCUGAGAAAUAAAGAACAAUAGUAACACCAUAAUGCAUUUUGUUUACCUCCAUCAUGGUUUCUUUUUAACUGUUCUUGUUUUCAUGUUUUAUUUUUAAGAGGACAUACUUAUAUAAAGAUUGCAUAUUUUAUUAUGACAUUUCCUAAUAAAACCCUUUGAUUUAAAGAUGUAUUUUUGAAAAUGUUUACAUUGAUUCGUAAUAUUACGGCAUGGAUUUUCAAGAGAUCAGAUAAAAUAUUUUUGGGGGAAUUAUCUGAACAAAUAAAAGGUUUUUGAUAUAACUUCAAUUAAUUAUACCACAUGCUAAUACUGAAGAGAUGUGUGGAAUUUUGGAAAGGGACUGAUUCACACAUACUUAAAUAUAACGUACAGUAUAUAGUUUGUUGCUCGUCUGUUCUGGUAAAGUGAAGAUUCAAGCCAGUUAUUCGGUUACUUGAAACAAAAUGAAAUCUGUAAUUUCACUGAAAUCACUGCAGAGGCAUGAAAUACUGGACAAUUGCCUUAAGUCUUCACUUGACUCUCCAGGAUAGACUGAGGCUUUGGGUGUGUCUAUAUUAGCAUUUCAUUAGUACCUCACAUGCUUUUGAUGUACUCUUGAGAUUGCUUUAAAUUUUUGUUGAAAACAGUACAUUUUGCACUGUAGUAAUAUGAGCACCCUGUAUUGUUUAGAGGUUAUUAGUAAGUUGUUUUAAAGAAUUAGUUCAUCGUAGAUUUUGAAAAGAUGAAGUCCCCUGUGCUUUAUGAUAGUUCAGUGCAAUGUGCACUUUUACUUUAUUUCACGUUUUCCUGCUUUUAUUUUCCCUGUAACAUGAAGCAACAGAAACUGAAAGAUCAAAGUUGAGAUUAUAUCCUAUUGACAGUAUCAGAGUUUGUCUGUGUACAAGUGUAGGAUUGUAAUCUAAACUGGAAUUUUUAGGCAGUAAGCCACUAUAAAAUGUUUUAGGUAAGACAAAAUUAUUAUAAAUAAAAGCUUAAUGUUUGUAAAGAUAUCUUUUUUAGUAUUUUUUUCCAUAUGAAGAAGUAGUGGUGGCUGCUAAAAAAAACCCUACAGUGUUUAUUAAGAUUGAUUAUGGUUUAUGUAAAUAUUUGUAAAUUGGUCAGUGCCUGUACAUUUAAAUAUGAAGAGUAAUCUUGAAAACAAUUUUAACUUUUUCAGAAGGACUGUGUACAACUUCUUUGAGACCUGCUGUAGCACAGUUUGUACCUCUAAUGUAUUUGAGUUUUUUGCAGACCAAUUCAAAUGCUAAGACUUUUGCUUUUCUUUGACUUGUAAAGGUGCAGAUUUUCAUUUCUUCUUUAAGUUUAAAUUUUUGUAUGAUGUCAAAUGGAAUAAAGUUUAUAUAUGGAAA